AUGGCAUCGCCGAACUCGCGAGCGACCGGCCCACAGCCGCCUGUAUCAUCAGAACCUCCAAGCCAGUUCUGCCGAUCCCUGGAUCGCCUCCCGAGCGAGCUGCUGCGGCCCAUUGCCGAGGCCCUGGUCCCCGCGUGCCCUUCGACGACUCGGUUUGCGCUUCGUGCCUCGGGCACCUGGGAGUCUCGGAAUGCCAACCACCAGUGGGCCGACUGGCUUGCCUGCCAUCGCGAACUGCAGUCGUUUGCCCAGACUUCGCGCCGCAUGGCCGCCAUCGCCAAGCCCCUGCUCUACCACACCCUCGUCAUCCCCACACCGCGCGCCUUGGUUACCCUGUUCCGCCGCAUCGAGAGCUGCCCGGCUAUACGACCGUGGAUUCGGAGCAUUACUUGUCUCGUCAACGUCGCCAGCAUCAUGACCGUCGGCGAGGUGCAUGAAGAGUGGCAAAGACAGACUGGAGUAUCUUGGGCCCGACAUAGCGGAACGUAUGACACCUAUGACAACAUCGCGUUAAUCCUCCUCAAGGUCAUCCUCGAAAAUGCGCCCAACCUGCGCGACUUCCUGAUGGCCUGUCCGGACUCUCCGCUUGGCGCGGAACAUCUAGAGCUGCCGGUUUCUGAGGUUCGGGAUAUCCUGUACCUUCAGGCCGAAGACUACGAACUGGCCGUGUCAAACCUAUUUGACUAUUUUUCUUUUGGCGACAUGCAGAACCUCGCAUCGCUGCGCAUAUACUGCCACCGGGAGAAUGGCAGUCGGCAGCUGAGCCUUUCGCGCCUGUUAGCCGACCGCACUGUCGAGACGCUGAACCAGUUGACGCAGGUCAAGACGUUGGAGCUGUGCUGUGCAGCAGCCCACCCCGUCUUGGACCAUUCCAUCGAGCUCCCGCCGCUUCCGCACAUUGAGCACCUCCGUCUCUACGGCAGUGACAUCCACGAGCCGAGACUUGUCGCGCUGUGUCUUGCGUGCGUCAACCUCCAGACCCUGGUCGUGCAUUUUGAGUCGAGCUCUACCGACGAGGACCGGGACGUAUUGCCGGAGGGCAAGACGCUGAGCAACGCGCUUGCUGGCCUUGCGGGGUCCCUGCGCACGCUGGAACUGGUCGCACUGUCCGAAGGCCAUUACCUGACCCGCGGGACGGAACGGCCAAGGAAGCCCGAGAACCACCGGCUACGGUGCAUCCCCGAGCUCGCGCACCUCGAAACUCUGACGCUGGACUACCGCGGCGUGUUCGGGACGCUGGGGAUCCUGGAAGAGGACGACGGGGAGCGGCUGUGCCAGCUCCUUCCCCCGUCCCUGCGCGAUUUCACCCUGGUCUGCGAGUGGGGAACCGCGAGGGACUGGAAGCAGAGCUACCUUGCGGACCUGGACAUGGUGCUGCACGGCGUCAGGUGUCUGUGCGCCAGCCCGGCGCAUCGGCAGCUGUCCAGUAUCUCGCUCGCGAUACACUCGUGGCCGGCAGAACGCAGGUUUCACAAGCGCUUCAAGCGGGAGGUGGAAACGGCGCGGCAGCUCUGCGCCAGGGCGGGCAUCGUGUUCAGAACGUUUGAUCUGCUCCCGACGUACCAAGACGAAGACGAAGUUCCGCCGAGUGGGGAAGAGGAGGAGGAACUCGAAGCGCAGCAAGGGGGGGAAGAUUCGGAUGACGGAGGGGUCGAGCCGGUUGCAGGGGAGGAAGAACUGGAGCUAGAAGAAGAAGAUGAGGCAUCCGAGUACUAUUUCUCGGGCGACGAGGAGUCGGACCCCGAGAGGGAGGCACGCCGACCACCGACAUUCAACGAUUUCCUGCAGCGGCUCGGCGAAGACCAUGGGCACAGCCUGGAUGAACUGUUCUACGCCUACCAUGAGGACCGAUGGGACGACAAUGCCCGCGACGCCAACCCAUAUGUAGCCGUCUCGUACGUCUGGGGUGACGCUGCUCAAACCCGCCCCAUCACGCUCGACUCGGCCGCGUAUCCGGUCACGUGCAACCUCUUCGCGGCGCUGACCUACCUCCGCAACAGCAGCGACGAAACGUGUUUCUGGAUCGACAGCCUCUGCAUCAACCAGCAAAAUCUCGCCGAGCGCAGCGCCCAAGUCGCCCGCAUGCGCGAGAUCUACAGUUUGGCGAGCCAGGUCACCGUCUGGCUGGGCGAUUACGGAAACAUCCCGAAACACGACUUGCACCUGGGCUAUCAGCAGGCGUGCGAGCGAGCCAACCGCGCCAUGCACCCGACCAGGACAGUAGCCAAGCGGCUACUGUACAGUGACGAGCAAAACGCCAGGUUGGCAAGGGGAAGGGAUGCCAUGGAUGGGCUGCUCGCCCGGCCAUGGUUCACGCGUGUGCUGAUGGUCGGACACCUGACGGUUCCGUGGUUUGUUAUGUACCAUGCGUUCAGGCACGUCCGUUACAUCCGGCCGGAGCCCGACGACGGGGCGCUCCCGGAGAUCCUCUCCUACCGCAGUGGGCUGUAUUCGAUCGUGCAGGCGUGA